AUGGAAAAUGGACAUGAUUAAUUUGAUUUGGAUUUCAAUCUUUCAUAUUCCUUGGAUUAAAACAAAGACUUUUACAAAUUACCUAAUUAAAUUUAAUGCGAUUUUCAAGGGUAAAGAGUAAAUUUAAAUGUAAUAACUUUAUAAAUUCAGAUUGAUUCCAAAGUUGAAAAGCUUCCUUAAGAUGUUCAAGAUUCUACUUAUUAAAGUGCAAUUGCAUUAUCUCAAUAUCUCAAAAUUUGGGAUGUGAACCAUUAAUAACAUGAUUAUUUCUAUCCAUUUUAACUUCCUCCAUCUUCCUUUAUUGGAAAUUGCUAAAUCUUUCCUCAUAGACCUGAUUUAUUAUAGGUUAAUUAUCUCAAUUAAUAUUAGAAUGAAUUCCAUUAAGUUUAAGAUCUAAAUAAUACAUAAAUAUCUUAAAUUUUUUAAUCAGGAACCUUUGAAAUUUAAUCUAUGUAAUUCUAAAUACCUUAUGUUUGGUAAAUAUCCUCAUUCAUUGUUAAAGGUAAAAAUAUUAUUAUUUUCUUAUUCUUCAGGUCGUUAAAAUAUUACAAAAAGUUAUUUCUCAGAUAUUGGAACUGCUUAUCAUAUUUAUAAAUUUGAGAAAAACUCAAUCUAUAAUGUUAAUGACAGUGAUGGUAAUCAAUGCACGAUUCGUUGUUCAAUUUUUAACAUCUUUACAGUAUCCUUUUAAUUUAAAAUAGAAAUUAACAUUAUAUUUUAGUUUACUAUUUGGAUUUCGAGAAACAUGCUCAGAUAUUAAUAUUCAUUAACUUGAAAAUUAAAUAGAGGCUAAGAGAUAAUAUAAUCUCAGAUUAUCUGAUUUUUAUAGUAAAAGAAUAUAUGAAUUUUUACAAUUUUAGAACAAUCAAUAAUCGAAAUUAGAUGCAGAAGAAAAAAUGAAAAAUUUAAUUAAAAUUUAAUAAGAUUUUAGAGAUCAUCAAUAAGGUUUAAAAUUAUCUAUAUAAAAUUAAUUUGAUUAUUUGAUUGAAUAAUCAGGAAACAAUUAAAAAUUUGAUGAUCAUGAAGAAUAAAAAGAAUAUUUAGAAAAUAUUAAUGAAUAAAUUAAACUUCUAGGUAAAGAUUAUCUAAAAGAAUAUGGAAUUUAAGUUAAUACUUAAUAAGAUGUAAAUGAAUAAAUAAAUAAUGCAAUUACCUUAGCUUAGUUGAAAUUUUGGAAAAAUAAAUUAAAAGAUGAUCAUGUCUUAAUUAAUAAUAUUAAUGAUUUAAAUGAAUGCAAAAGAACUUAAAAUUAUUUCUAAGAUUUGUUAGAUGUAAAAUAAUAUAAAUUUUUUUAUUAGAAUGAAUUACAAUAAUAAAUGACUGAAUUUGAAAAGAAAUUAUUAGAAGAACAUCCGAUCCGUUCAAAAUCAUAUCAUUUUGUAUCUGAGUAAAGGUUUUAAUUCAAAAAAUAAAUGAAACAUGGAUUAAAAGAGAAAUAUAGAAUAUUAUUUAUUGAAGAUUUGAAAAAAUAAAAUAUAAAAGAGGUUGAAGUUUAUAUAAAUUAUCUUUAACAAAAGAGUUAAAUGAAAAAAGAGUUAAAAGAACUUAUUGAUAAAGUAGAAUAAGAAUCUAAAAGAGUGAAUAUUAGAAUAGAAGUGUAAGAAUAUAAAUAAUAUUAAAUAGAACUCGUUAUUGUUUCCCUCCUUAUAAUAUACUUAAAAUAGGAGAUACAUUUAGACUUGAAAGAGAAAAGUAAUAUAUAAUAAAAUCUAAUUUUCCUUUAUGGAAAUUUUAUUUGAUAAUAGUUAGAUACUUUGCUUGGACAGCUAAUGUUAUUUUUUGGUUAUUUGCAAAUGGAAUAUCUGGACCUUUAGGCAUCAGAGCUUUAUUUUAAUGCAAGUAUAAUAAAUAAAUGUCAUAAUUAGUGUUUUCUAUCCAGAUGUUGAAAUUAAUUCAAGAACAGGUGUAGUUAGACAUACUAAUUAUUCCGUUACACCUGUGGUCGUCCAUAUGGCAAAUGUUUGUAAAGGCAUGAAUUAAUCAAGAAGAGAUUUUGAAAAUUCACCUGAUACAGGUUUCUUUGGUAAAAAUUGUGCUAGAAUAUGCAAUUAUGUUGAAGUUUACUUUUUCCGUUUUUUAAUUGUUGGUAUAAUAGGUGUUUUAAUUGUAAUUCCUAUUUUGAUACUUGCCAAUUUUACAAUCUCUUUGGUCUUAGCAUUAACUGCAUGGGCAUGGAUACCUAUUGUAUUAAUUUUAACGUAUAUUCUAUUAAUAUUAACAAUAGCUAUCUAUUUUAAUUAUUUAUUUAUGAUUUUGAUUGUUCAGAUAGGGAAUAAUGGAAUAUAUUUUCAACUCCACUUUGGUUCCCUCUAUUACGGAAUACUUUUGAUUUCAUAGUAAAAGGAGUUUUAAAUUUAAUCAUUAAUUUAUUACUUUGUUUAGUUAUUUUACCUUUAGGUAGUUUAUUUAUGAUAAUUUUUGGACACUUUAGAUAUGUAUUUAGAUCAUUAUAUGAUUGCUUAAUGAUAUUAGUAACAAUAUAUAUAAUAAAAUUUUAGUUUGUGAAAUGUUUAGGAAGAGUUCCUGCAACAGAAAAUUGGUUAGCUUGGAAAAUAUCUGGUCCAGGAAUUUCUAGACAAUAUUAUUUUACUGUAUAUAUAUAAUAUAUAUAUGUAGAUUAAAAAUGAAGAGGUAUUAAUAUUGGUAGCUGGAAAAUUAGAAAAAUGUAUAUUAACUGAAUAUUAGAAGAGAGUUGAAGGAGAGAUCUAUGCUCCUUAAAAAUAAGUAUAAACUGUAAUGAAUAACUUUUUUUCUGUUUUUGGAGUAUAAGAAUGUUUUCAUAUUUAGGCUUCUUAUAGUUUUCAUGAUAAUGGUUGUGAUAAAUUAAAAUAUAGUUUAGAUCAAUAAAUUUGUAAAAGAAUUUCAAUUCUACCAUCAAUUUCUAAUAAUAUAAGAUUCAAUGAAUCUGAAUUAAUUGUGAUUAGAAUGCUGAUAAAAUAAUUUAUUAAGAAUUAGAUAAAUCUUAAAGACAUGAAAAAUUAUAUUUGGAAACAUUUUUAAGUUUAGAAAGGAGAUUAUAAUGAAUUAACAUCAUAAAUAUUGAAAGAAUGUUUUGGUCAUUAGGUUUUAACACCUUUGGAAGAUAUAGAUUUAAGAUUUUCAUUAGUAAUUAUUAAAUUUGUUAUCUUAGUAAACAGAUGAAAAUUAUAGUCUAUCUAAAAAGAUAUCAAAGGCUUUGGAAGGAUAAGUAAAUUUAAAUUAACCAACAAACUUUAUUGUAAAAUCAAAUAGUGUUUCAAAGAAAUAAAUUAUUACAAAAUAAUUUUUUGAGUUUUCAGGAGUACUAAUUAAAAUAUAAAUAGAUUAUAUCAGAAGUAUGGGGUUGUUAAUCAAUAUAUUAAACUUGGUCAACAUUAGCAGAUAAAUCAAAAAGAUUUUAUAUCAAUUAUUGCUUAAAUGCAAAUUAAGAAGCAUGA